AUGAUGUGCAGGGGUUUCUCAAUCACGCUCACAGGAUCCGCUCGGAGUUGGUAUCAGCAACUCAAACCCAACUCCGUUGGUUCCUUUGCAGAGCUCAGCAGAUUAUUCCUUACCCAAUUUAUAAGUGGUAAGAAGAGUCAGAAGAGGACUACCCAUUUGUUCACUAUUAAGCAUGGGCCUAAGGAGUUGUUGAAAGACUUUAUUGCCCGCUUCAACGAGGAAGCAUUGCAGGUGGAGAACUACGACACCAAGAUGGCACUCUUCGCCAUGUUCACCGGCCUGAAUGAGGGGAAGUUCACCUUCUCCAUUGGAAAGAAUCCUCCGAAGACAUUAGCCGAGCUCGUCACUAGAGCUCAAACAUACACUAAUGCCGAAGAGUUUUCCAACUUUCGCAAAAACAUUCAAGCAACAGAGCCGCCAAACAAGGGGAAGAGGUCGAGGAAUGAAGAACCCCAGUCGUCCGGUAAAAAAUCGGACAACCGCGCUCCUCAUGAUCGUCGUCCGAGCAGAAAACCUGAGGGCAAAUUUCUUUCCUACACUCCCCUCAACACAUCCACAAAACAAAUACUGCUGGACAUUAGAGGCCAGAAGCUCCUAAAUUGGUUUGUUUGCAUGAAGGCAGACCCAGAUCAUCGAGACAAGCGCAAGUAUUGUCGUUUCCAUCGUGAUCAUGGCCACUGCAUGGAUCUCAAAGAUGAGAUCGAGACCCUUAUUCGUAAGGGUCAUCUGCGCCGAUAUACCAAGGAAGAGAGAACAACUCGAAGAGAAGAACGAGAGCAGCCGAGUAAUACUGUACAAGAGCCGGCUGAAAUUCGUACCAUCUUUGGUGGUUCAUCCGAUGGAGGAGACUCACACAGGGCCCGUAAAGCCCAUUAUCAAAAAUCUAAUCCGGAACAUUACGUCCACAUGAUCAAGAAAUCGAGCAAAGAACUCCGGGUCAGCCCGUGUAGUCUGACCUUCACAGAAGAUGAUGCGCGUGAAAUUCAGCAUCGGCAUGAUGACGCCUUAGUAGUGACCAUGACCAUAACCAACCACAAAGUGUACCGCAUUCUGUCGAUACUAGAAGCUUGGAUGACAUUAUCUACUCCGAAGCUUUUGAAAGAAUAG